AUGGCGCAGUCUCUGUUCUACCAGCUCACGAUGCACGCGGAAGGCACCCCAGUCGGCAUCAUCCGGAAGGUCAGCAAUCAGGACGGAUCCGAGGCACAUCGCAGGCUGAGCUCCCAGUACGACCCACAGAAUAUGGGCAGCAGCCUGUCGCGACUGAUGAGCGCGCUGGAGUUCGACUUCGGCGGAGAAGCGGAGUUCCUCGACAAUAUGGCGAAGUUCGAGAUCUCGAUUGAGGAGUACGAGAAGCUAGCCAACGAGACCCUCAGCGACAACAUCCGCACGGCCGUCCUGAUCGCCAGGGCUCCAGAGGCCUCGAGGAACCACGUGCUGCUGGCGAUGCCCAAGGAGGAGAUCCACUGGGCGAGGAUCAAGAAGGUGGCCGCCGACUUCCUGUUCACGAAGCAGUCCAUGCCAGGCGGUCCCUCGCCGAUGGACAUCGGCCCCAUCAACGGCAAGGGCGGAAAAGAACAUGGCAAAGGUAAGGGCCGCGGUAAGGGCGCGGGCUACGACUCCAAGGGCAAAGACAAGGACAAGACACGCACUACGAGUAGUGGCGGUGGCAGCGCCAGCGGAGAGAAGAAGGUCCUAGGACACUGUGGACGACGCGGCAAUUUGGGGCGCAAGCAGAAGGACUGCUACGCCAAGGUCCACAGCGUGAGCACCUGGAACAGCAGCGGCUGGGACGAGAGCUGGGGCAGCUGGGACACCACCUACGAGAAGGAGAAGGGCGCGGCACCCUCCCGCGAGGACGCCAGCGCCACCGCCAGCGCCAACGCGCCCCAGCGCACCGGGUGCGAGGACGCUGCGUGGAUCUUUGCGAUCGGCGGGCUCGACGGCCCGAGCGGUGCGAGCGUUGGCCAGACGGUCGAUGUCAUGGUGGACACUGGCGCCGACAAGUCUGCGCGCGGGCCCAGCGACUUCCCCGACUACCCCAUCACGCAGGACAAGAAGCCGGAUAUCAAAGUGGCCAACGGGACCCCCUUGAGGCACUUCGGGGAUAAGCAGGUGAACCUGACGACGAAGAACGACGACGAGAUCAGCGUGAUAUUCCACGCCACGGAGGCGGCGCAACCGAUCCCGAGCGUUUACAGCAUCCACGAGGCAGGAGCUGGGGAGGAGUUCCCACCUGCCCGCUCGACGAGCUCACCCUCGAUCACGCGGGAUUCGAGGAGCGGGCGAUCGCGGCUUGGGCUGAUGAGGAUGUUCGGCUUGUUCUUCCUGCGAGCGACGGUGAUGAGCUACUUCGGCGCCAAGAUCGGCGCGGACGGCUUGGUCGUUAACAACGCGGCGACGACCGUCCCCGAGCAGCACGUCGCAACGCAGGUGGGCCAGCCGGUAGCGCCGGCAGUCAGGCGCGAGAGGAUCAAAGAGGCGGAAGGUGCGCCUGUGAUCCAGAUUGGCUACUUGUUCGGCAAGACGCAUCGCUACGUGAGAGCGCGCCCAGUCAUGCACGCGAUCGAUCACGUUUACCACUGCGCGGCCUCGGUCUGGCGCGAGGCGCAAGGUGGGGGGGACCUGUUUCUUCUGAAGUGUCUCAAGCGGUACGUGGAGAAGCUAGGGCUUGAGAAGGUUAUCAUCCAGUGCGAUCCCGAGAACGCGGCCAAGGACGCGGCGGUCAAGGUCGCGAGCGACAUCGGCAGCAAUGCGAGGUUCAGGUUCACACUGAAGACGAGUAAGGGGAGCAAGGGCAUGGUGGAGAGGCCCCACUCAUUCAUCGAGGGUAUGACGAGGACUUGGAGGGGAGCCAUAGGGGCGAAGUACGGCAUCGUGAUCGAGCUGAGGCGCUGCGCCAUGAAGGUCCUGCCACUCGGCGAGACGGUCAUGUGGAGGCACCCUGGGCCCAUCGCCGCCAAGUCUGAGUCCGCGUGGGGCUGCGGCAUCUACCUGGGGCGAUCGCUGGAGGGCGACUCCCACAUCUGCGGCACCAGGCGCGGCAUCGUCUUGUCGAGGUCCAUCCGCAGGCUCGUGGAGUCCGAGGGCUACGACAAGCAGCUGCUCCUGGCCAUGAAGGGCAUCCCGAGCGACACGAAGGCGCCGAACGCAUCGACGCCGGUGGUGGAUAGGCCAGCCGUCAGCCUCAAACUCCCGCAGCCCGCCAGGCUCCCGCGACCUGCGGACGCCGCGCCCGGGGAGGGUCAGCCGGGCCCGCCGGCGAGGGGGGCGAGGUUCGCAAAGCCGCAGGAGGGGGGCCCAGGAGGUGCUGAGGCAGCUGCUGGCGGCGGCGAGGCCAUGGGCGACGUUGGGGAUGCGCCUCAGCCCGUCGCGAAGAGCGGGCUGCGGCGCGCAGCAGUCGAGGAGCCCGAGAGCUCGGCUGGCAAGCGGGCCAGCGAUGAGGCGCCUGCGGUAGGCGAGGCGCACAAGGAGAGGAAUAUCGGCAUGGUGAGGGUCGGCAGCGUGUCCGUCGCCAACGUGAUGGGCUACCCCGACGACGCCGAGCUCUGCGCUCCGUGCGAGCUCGACCCCAGCUUCGAGUUGCGGAGCGAGGCGCAUUACGACGACGACGACGGUGAGUGCCUCGACCCAGACGCCGUCCGCGAGGGGAUCAAGAGGGAGGCGAAGUGCAUGGAGCCCCUCGGCGUCGGCGAGGUCGCGGAGCGCCCCCGCGACAAGAAGGCGCGGGGCACGAGAUGGUGCCGCCGCAAGAAGGGAGAGGGCGUUCGCAGCAGGUUCGUCGCGAAGCAGUUCAGGGGCGCCCAGGCGGGGGACUUCUUUCCCUGCACCCCGCGCACGGAGGCUGUGCGCGCGCUGAUGGCGGCGGCGCUGCUGCUCAAGCAUUUCAUCGUGACGACGGACUUCAGCGCGGCGUUCAUGCACGCGCCCGUGAAGGAGAUCCAGGAGGGCAUCGCGUUUGGCCUUGGAUUCGAGGCUUGCAAGGCGGAGCCCACCAUCUACCAUCACAUCGAGAAGGGCAUCAGGGUCGUGGUCCACACGGACGAUCCUCUUGCCUCAGGUCCCACGCGGGGCGCGCUCGACGAGUUCUUCGACGAGAUGGCCAAGCACCUCGCAAUCAAGGGGCAGCACGUCCUGGGCGAAUCUCCCGUGAUCUACCUCGGCUCGUCGCUGCAGAGCCUCGACGCGGCGGGGGCGUCGGGCAGCAGGCCUGUGGGCGCGGCUGGGGCCAGGCCAGACCUGACUCAGCCCGGAGCCGAGCAGCCGCUCAACAGCGAGGGGCCGUCGCUGUACAGGAGGUAUUGCGGGGAGAUCCAGCACCCGGCCCCGCGGAGGCUGGACGCGAUGCCCCCGCUGAAGGAGCUCGGUCCGCGAGCGGCCGACAUGAAGUGUUUGAAGCACCUCCUCCGCUACCUCAACGGGACGGUCGACCUGGCCAUGGCCCACCGCUCCACGAAGGAGUUCAAGCGCCUUCGAGGUAGCGCCGACUCGGAUUGGGCGGGAUGCCACGAGACCCGCAAGUCGACGGCGUGCGGAAUGUCUUCGCUCGCCCAGUCGAGCCCCGAGGCCGAGUACCUGGCGGCCGUGGAGCUGGCGGCGGAGAUGCUGUACGUGAAGGAGCUCGUCAAGUUCAUGGGCUUCGACGCGUCGCUGGAGAUCGAGUGCGACGCGCCCUCCGCCAUCGCGAUCGCCUCGUGGCGCGGGCUCGGCAGGCUGCGCCACCUGGGGGUCAAGUGGCUCUGGCUCCAGCAGCUGGUCGGGGCGGGCCAGCUCAAGAUCGCGAAGGUGAAGGGCGCGGAGAACCCCCCCGACGUCGGGGCGAAGUUCCUGGGGAAGGGUGCGCUCGAGAAGUGCCGCACCAUGCUCGGUCUGGUCCCCCUCGACGUCUUCGGCACUGGCAUCGUGGCUGCCCUGAGUGCGUCGAGAGGAGCCCGGUACCUGGCGACGUUCAUGGUCCUCGUGAACUGCGUGAGGGCUCAGCCAGGCGCGUCCGAUGGCGGACCCGACGCGCACGUGGUGAUCAUGACGGCCUGGCCUGCUUUCUGCAUGCUCGUGGGCGCGAUGCUGAGCCGGCGCUGCUGGUGCUGGUGCAUUCGGAGGCCAGCGGCAAGACGGACAGGCAAGGGCUGCUCCAAGGGCAAGCCCAGCGGGAGUUCGACGAAGGACCGAUCGGAGCCGGAACCCGAUCCGCCUCCUGCUCCUUGCGCUCCCUGCCGGGGGCCGUCGGAGCCGCGUGGCAGGGCCGUGCUGCUGUGCAACCUGGGCGUGGACGGUGCCGCGAUCCACUCGAGCCCGAACUGCCAGGCUCUGCGCAAUCGGGUCCACCGCCAGGCGACGAGGAGCGGGUGCUUGGUGCGUGCCCAGGUGCUGGGCCAGGGGUUGCGAGUGCUGCACCGCGCGGACAGUGACGAGAGCGCGGUCCACACCGACGCUGCCUGCCGUGGACUGAGGUUGCGGAGGCGCCGUCUUGUGAGCCGUGGAGCGCGUGCGUUCUGCUUCGGGCACCGCGGCUAG